AAAGAGGUCCUCUAAAGAAUAGUCAGUUGUUGCUGAUAGGAAAGUAUGUGGGGGGAGCCAGGGGGGCUCAAACAGCUUUUCUGUUGGAUUGGCUGGCUUUGUUUCCUGGCAUCCAACGGCUCCACACUUGGAACUGGGCCCCCAAACAUCCUGUUUUCCAUGCCACUGGCUUCCUCCCUUGCUGUCUGCCUGUUCUUCCCUUUCUCCCUCUGGCCACCCACUGCUGCCUCAGGAGUGUAAAGAUCCCUAAGAGGGGCCAGCUGGUUCAUCAUCCAACUGACAAAUGGAGGCAUCCACAGGAAAGAUCGUUUUGAAUGUUGGAGGCGUUCGCUACAAAACGUACCCCAGCACGCUGCAGGCCUUCCCAGGGACUAAGCUGUGCAGUCUCACAGAGCCCCAGGCCAGCACAAAGUUUGACUACAACCCCAACACCAAGGAGUUCUUCUUUGACAGAAGUGGCAGCCUGUUUGGGCAGGUGCUCAACUACUACAGGACCAAGCAUCUCCAUUGCCCCACAGAUGUCUGUAGGUCGGUCUUCGAGGAAGAGCUGGCAUUCUGGGAAAUCCCAGGCCCCCAGCUGGCCCCCUGUUGCUGGAGGAAGCUAAGUACGAGAGAGGGCCAAGAGGAAGACUUUGAUGUGGGCGAUGUCAGUGAGCAAGAGGCAGGCCAGGGCCUCCUGGGCCAAGCGGAUAGAAGGAAUGGCCGGCGGUGGACUUGGUGGCGGCCCAGGUUAUGGGAUCUCUUUGAAAAGCCUUAUUCCUCUCGAUGGGCAAUGGGUCUGGCAGCCACUUCCCUGCUGUCCACUGUCACUAUCAUCAUCCUUCUUUGCGUGGAAUCCAAGGCAUUUGACCAUUUCAUCAUCCAAAACCACACUGAUGGAGAUGGCCACUACUACCAUCACUACCACCACGUUUCCAGUGUGUCCUCAUACAAAGUGGCCCCUUACUUCCUCCACCUGGAGCUUUUCUUCAUCCUCUGGUUUAUGUUUGAGUUUUUCAUACGACUCACAUCCUGCUCAGACAUAAAGAAAUUCCUGAAGAACCCCCUGAAUGUGGCUGAUUUCAUCUCCCUGUUCCCGGUCUUCAUCGAGCUCUUCUCACUGGGACAUUCCCAUGAGGAGGGUUUUCUAGUAUGGUGGCUGGGCUUGUUCCGGGUGGUGUAUAUCGUCAAACUCCUGAAGAUACUCAAGUUUGUGGAGACCCCCCUGAUGCUGAGAGCCCUGCCCUACACGUUCAGGGCUAUCCUGAGAGAGAUUCUCAUCCUCAUGAUCAUUUUUGCCUUGGAAAUCCUUUUCUUUGGUGCCCUCUGUUACUAUGGAGAGCUCCUAGGCGACAAUCUAGACAUGCAAUUUCAUAACAUUGACUCUUCCUUUUGGUGGUCAGUGAAUACUUUGACUACUGUAGGGUAUGGAGACAUUCUUCCUAUCAGUGUAUUUGGCCGAGUGAUCGGAGCCUGCACAGCCCUGUGUGGAGUGCUAACCAUUAUUGUCCCAAUCCCAAUCUUUCUGAUCAAGUUCAAGAGCUAUUAUGAUGCUGCCCUAAUCAAGGAGAAAAGGAAGAGGAUGAGGAAACAGGCACCAGCAUUGCCAUCGUGAGACCACCACGGCCCCAGAGGGGAAGUGGAAACACGCUCCCAAAUAGUUCACUCCACAUUACAGAAGCUUCAGCUUAUUUGAUGCAAAAUAUGUACAGUAUAUUCCCAAUCGAGCAGCUCAGUGCCUCUGCUUGUAGGGAAUGGCACUCAAUCUGCCUGCACAACUAACUGAAGAAAUCUGCUGUAGAAUAAAUCCCAGCCUUUUCUGCUUUGUAAUCAGAACAAUAGAUUUGCUGGAUCACGGACAUUUUCAGCUCUUGUUGCCAAGAAAUGUCCUAUGAAGCAGCCAGUGAGUGUUGUCAACAACAAUGUAAAGCCACCCUGGGCCAAAUCUGAAAUGGAUCCAUCUAUAUCCAAGCGGCCCAACAAUAUCUUAACGAGAGCCGUGCUGAUUUUUUAAUUAACUAUUUGUUAGGCAAGGGGGAGCAAAUGAAACAUUCCUAUCAGUUUUGCGUGUGUGUGUGUGUGUGUGUGUGUGUGAGAGAGAGAGAGAGAGAGAGAGAAAGAGAGAGAGAUCCAAUUAUUUUGGGAGGGGAUUGCCGCUUACUUACUUAACCUUGCAACAGGGGUGGGGUGCCUGUGUUGUCCAGAUGUUGCUGGACUACAAUUCCCAUCAUCCCAGACCAUUAGCUAUGCAGGCUGGGAUUGAUCUGAACUCUAGCACCACUCCCCUGUUCUAGGAUUUUUUUCUAUCUGUCAAAAAAAGUAUUGUGUGGUUCACAGUGGUGCAGUGGCUGCUGGUGGCUCCGUGUCAGUGGGGUAGUGGAAUCCACACCAGGUUUUAGUCUGAACCAAGGAGCUGUCCAAGGUUUUUCAGCUUCAGCAGCUUGGACAGGUCCUAGAAAGUUUAGACUAAAACCUGGAGUGGAUUCCAUUGGCCCAGUGACAUGGUUCAAAGCUCUCUCUCUGCCUUGGUUGGGAGCGACAUCGCAUCAGAUUGCAUUGUGCUAUUCCCAACAUGGCAUUACAAGAAGUGUGCUGGUGGGAAGUAGCAUGAACCCCUCUCCACAGCUACCUGCCAGUAAAGAUGGGGCAGAAACUGGAUUCAGUUCACAUUUAAAGCUGUUUGUAAAGUUCACAGCAAUCCUUUGAAAGUCACACUUAUCUGAAGUUUGCAAUGCAGUUCUCCAAUCAAACAAUGCUUACAAAAAUGCAUAUAUUAGGGGAAAGUGAUUAUAAAAAUGAAUAUAUCAGUGAAAAUAACAUACAAGAAUAAACUAUAUUAGGAGAAAUUGCUUGCAAAAAUCUGUACAUUAGUGAAAACUGCAUGCAAAAAUGUGUUUAGUAGGAGAAAUUCUAACUAAAAUGCUCAGAAUUUUAAUGAUUAAGAAAAAAUCACAAAUUGCUGCAGAAAUGUGGAGAACUAAAUUUAAGAUUAGAAAAAUGAGAAACUGUGAGAGCCAAAAUGGGCAGAACCUUCUAUCCCUCCCUACCAGCCACAGCAAGAUAAGUGCAGCCUCCUCCAGAAAAUUCCAGAGAAAUUUAUCCCCUCCCCCCAUAAUGCAGCAGAUAUCCCACACAGAGACAUAUUUUACAUGAGGGAGAUGAUUUUGGGAGGUGAUUUUGGCUCAGCCUUAAUCUUAACCAUGGUGUGGUAGAAAAGUUUUGUUCACAUUUUCAUUCAUGAGGAUAACCAAAGAAUUUUAAAGUAGAAAGUGACAGAGCAACUCUACAUUUUAAUGUUGUUUCUCUUUGGAGUUUGUAUGUAAGGGCCCAGACUUGCCUGAGCACAUGCGUUUCCGUAACUUUUAACUCUUGCUGCAGGUGAUGCUGACUUUGCUUAAGUUCAGGCCAACCCCAAUGAACGGUUUUGGGGACCAAAUGCACUUGCAAUCCCAGGGACCCAGGCCAUUAUAUCCACUAAAGGGAAGGGAAAAUGCGUUGCAAAACUACUAUACAGAAAUUACAGUGAUGCAGAUCUGGGGAUCUUCCCAUGAUCUGGCCCAGAGGCAGCAAGGCAGCAGGGGAGGGGAAGAAUUACUGGUACCAGGAUGGUCACUGCCUGAUGGGAGCACCACAGAGUCUCCACCCCUGCCCAGCAGUCAGGAGGUGCAGUUCAGCCACAUCUGGAGGGCCACUGAUCUGGAGGUUCACCUUGCACAAGAUGCUUAGGCAAUGACAAGUCAAUCAUGCUAAUGUAAGAUAUGCAGGUUGUGACAAGUUUCCCUGCACAAUGGAGACAUGCAAUAUGUAAUUGCCUCAAAGUUAACAUGAGAACAAACCAAACACACGCAUUUUCCCAGCCUAAUAAGGCCCAGUUAAGGUUGUUGCCUUGAGGUGGGGGUGGGGGUUUCAGUUACCUUGCUUAUGAAACAUCUGAAACUUGGACAUAAAUCUUAAACAAUCUUUCUUUUUCUGAUCAAGAAGCUAGCAGAUAUGCACUUGUUUCACUCAAGGUGUUGGGCCAGUAGUAUGCCAUAAUUAGCUCAUUUCAUGGAUAUAUAGAAAACAGAAAAUACAUUAAUUAUUAUGUCAUGAUACUGUUUUAUUGUUAUGUUGUGUUUUUGUACACUGCUUAGAGAUUUUUAAAUAUUAAGCAGUUUAGAAAUGCUUUUAAAUAAACUGUUAAUUUGGCCUUGGUACCCUGAUCUUGUUAAGAUUAAAAUAUGAUGCAUGCAUUUUGUUUCCAAGCUUGCGUUUUUAAAAAAUGAUAGUUGUCUGAUGGGUAUUCAAUUUAUUUCAAUAUAUUUAGCAGGAUUUAUGUUACUCUGAAAUAACUUUUGAUUAAACAUAGCAAUUUUUAUAUCAAUUGUCAAUUAAUUUAGAACAUGAGAGAGAUGUGUAAUGUAUGUAAUUAACAGAACAUUACAUGAGAUAUGUUUCAAAAGUAUAUAAAAAGACAAGCUGUUGAUAUUAAAACCUGGAGUUUUCUUGUGGAACGUUCACUACUCUAUUUGCUUAUGGAGAUCUGGUCAGACACAUUUAUAUUACAAGCUUUGCUUACAUCUCUGUUAGGAUUGCAUGCAUUUUUGUGUUAACAUCACGAUUAGGCUUUUUUCUGCAACAGGAUUAAGAUUUUGC